AUGUCGAAGGUUAAUAAAUCUAAAACACUCAGUCUGGAUGAAAUUAAAAAUAAUAUUACUCGUGAUAUCAGAAUGGGAAGCGAGUAUGAUAAUUUGUCAGACACUACGGUAAAUCUAUACACCAGACAACUGAUCAAGCUUUACAAGGCCGGCGUUGCGAAACAGCAAUGGUCCCCAAAUGAGUUCAUCUCCAAUAUCCAGUAUCCAAACAAAUACGACGAUGCUUCGUUUCAAAAGACUUUUAAGGUUCAGAACUCGAGUAUCAUUGCGCUUCUGAUGAGCAUCUAUACAAGUAAAGAGAGUCUCAUACUAACACUGAACGCCAUGUGUAAAAUGGUCAAGAACAGAUUUCGUGAUGCAUUCGGAUAUUACAAUGCGAUUCGAAAGGAACUCAGUAAGCAAAACAAAGCUGCAAAGCUGGACAACGAACUAACGCCAGAAGAAGAGAAGAAGUACAUAAGCUAUGAAGAGCUGAUGUCCGUUCCUGGUAAAGCCCAUAAGGUGCUCACCGAAACGUACGGCAAAGUAUUUCUAUCUCGAUCCGAGUUUGAGGAGCUGGCUAAAGCUAAGAGGACUGAGUACUUAAAGAUUGUGUUUGAUUACAUCACACUAUGGUUGAACGUGCAUUAUCCACUUCGUUUAGUAUGGCCGAGCGUUCUUCUCACUCCAGAAGAAGGUGCAAACUAUCUCGAAGGGAACAUAUUACACCUAAACGAUUUUAAAAAUGUUCGUCUGAUGGGACCACAAACGAUUCAAUUGGAUAGUACAACGAUGAACUUGAUUAAGUCAUAUCUCGAAUUCUUGACUAAUACAGUUGGAGAGCAUCCUACUAAACUACUAUGGCGGAUUUUCAAUCGACAGCCAGGUGAGUACGAUUACACAAAUUCAAGCAAUAGCUUUAGUCAAGUGCUAUCGAAGCUCUUCAUGAAGUACAAUGGAAAGCCAAUGUCAAUGAAUAUGAUCCGGCACAUUGCUGAGUCUCAUUUGAUCCAAUCGCCAGCGUACGCUAAACUUACCAAUCGCGAGAAGAACGAUCUGCAUUCCAAACUACUUCACAGCACUAUGGCAGCUAACACGAGCUACAACAAGAUUGCCAACCGAGCAAAUGCUUCCGAAGUAUCAUUUGAACCUGACGAUUCAUACGAUCACGCACCUGAGCCUCCUGCAAAGCCCACUGCACCUCCUCCUACAAAGCCUCCUGCAAAACCCACUGCAAUGCCCGUAAGCAGACCUAAAGACCGUCGGGAGCGCAUAUUCCAUGGUGCCUUCACACCUACUGGUAGCGACAAAACGCUUGAGAUUGACAUCUUUGAGAAAUAA